CUGGGGGCCGCCAUGGAGGUGGCACCGGUACCGGCAGCGGUACCGGCAGCGGCGCCGCCGCAGAAGCGGUUCUACCGGCAGCGGGCGCACUCCAACCCGCUGGCCGACCACACGCUGCGCUACCCCGCCAGGCCCGAGGACAUGGACUGGGCCCAGCUCUUCCCGGCCUUCUUCCCCGCGGCUCCGGAGGCGGCGGCACACGUGGAAUUCGCCGACAUCGGCUGCGGCUACGGAGGGCUGCUGGUGGAGCUGGCGCCGCUCUUCCCCCGCACGCUCAUGCUGGGCCUCGAGAUCCGCGUGAAGGUGUCGGACUUCGUGCGGGACCGGAUCCGGGCGCUGCGCGCGGCGCAGCCCGGCCGCUACGACAACAUCGCCUGCGUGCGCAGCAACGCCAUGAAGCACCUGCCCAACUUCUUCCGCAAGGGCCAGCUCAGCAAGAUGUUCUUCCUCUUCCCCGACCCGCACUUCAAGAGGACCAAGCACAAGUGGCGGAUCAUCAGCCCCACGCUGCUCGCCGAGUACGGCUACGUGCUGCGCCCGGGGGGCCUCGUUUACACCAUCACGGACGUGGCCGAGGUGCACGAGUGGAUCGCGCGGCACUUCRGCGGCCACCCGCUCUUCGAGGAGGUGCCGCUGGGCGAGCUGGGUGACGACCCGGUGGUGGCRCGGCUGGCCACGGCCACCGAGGAGGGCAAGAAGGUGCAGCGCGGCGGCGGCAGCACCUUCCCGGCCGUGUUCCGGCGCGUCGAGGACGCGGCGCUGCGGGAGGAGGCGUGA